AUGUGUCCGUGUAGGGGACGAAGCGCCAUGCCUCUGGCCCGCAACUGGAGAAGAUACUGCUCUAUAGGACCUGUCCGUCCUCCUCCGGGCUACAAGAAGGCAGACGAUGAGAUGUCCCGGGCCACGUCUGUUGGAGACCAGCUGGACGCACCAGCCCGCACCAUUUACCUCAACCAACCGCAUCUCAACAAAUUCUGUGACAACCAGAUCAGCACGGCCAAGUACAGCGUGGUGACGUUUCUACCUCGAUUCUUGUACGAGCAGAUCAGGAGAGCUGCCAAUGCCUUCUUCCUCUUCAUUGCCUUAUUACAGCAAAUUCCAGAUGUAUCUCCAACAGGAAGAUACACCACCCUGGUGCCAUUGAUCAUUAUUUUAACAAUCGCAGGCAUCAAAGAGAUUGUAGAAGAUUUUAAGCGACAUAAGGCAGACAAUGCAGUUAACAAAAAGAAAACCAUAGUGUUAAGGAAUGGUAUGUGGCAAACCAUUGUGUGGAAAGAGGUGGCCGUGGGAGACAUCGUCAAGGUCGUCAACGGGCAGUACCUUCCCGCAGACGUGGUCCUGCUCUCCUCCAGUGAACCUCAGGCAAUGUGUUACGUUGAAACAGCCAACCUGGACGGGGAGACGAACCUUAAAAUACGUCAGGGUUUGAGUCACACUGCGGACAUGCAGACCAGGGAGGUGCUGAUGAAGUUGUCUGGGACCAUAGAGUGUGAAGGGCCCAAUCGCCACCUCUACGACUUCACCGGGAACUUGAACUUGGAUGGGAAAAGCCCCGUUGCCCUUGGGCCGGACCAGAUCUUAUUGAGAGGCACACAGCUUAGAAACACUCAGUGGGGCUUUGGCAUAGUUGUUUACACUGGACAUGACACCAAGCUCAUGCAGAAUUCCACCAAAGCCCCUCUCAAGAGGUCGAACGUGGAGAAGGUAACCAACGUGCAGAUCCUGGUGCUGUUCGGCAUCCUCCUGGUCAUGGCCCUGGUGAGCUCGGUGGGGGCCCUGUACUGGAACGGCUCUCAAGGAGGGAAGAACUGGUACAUCACGAAGAUGGACGCGACCUCAGACAAUUUCGGAUACAACCUGUUGACAUUCAUCAUCCUCUACAACAAUCUGAUUCCCAUCAGUCUGCUGGUGACUCUCGAGGUUGUGAAGUACACACAAGCCCUCUUCAUAAACUGGGACACAGAUAUGUAUUAUCUAGGAAAUGACACCCCUGCCAUGGCCAGGACAUCAAACCUUAAUGAAGAGCUUGGCCAGGUAAAAUAUCUAUUUUCUGACAAAACAGGAACUCUUACAUGCAAUAUCAUGAAUUUCAAAAAGUGUAGCAUUGCUGGGGUAACCUAUGGUCAUUUUCCAGAACUGACAAGGGAACCAUCCUCAGAUGAUUUCUCCCGGAUUCCUCCUCCACCUAGUGAUUCCUGCGACUUUGAUGACCCCAGGCUCUUGAAGAACAUUGAGGAUCAUCAUCCCACAGCACCCUGCAUCCAGGAGUUCCUGACCCUGCUGGCCGUGUGCCACACCGUGGUCCCCGAGAGGGAUGGGGACAGCAUUGUCUACCAGGCCUCCUCCCCAGACGAAGCCGCUUUAGUUAAAGGGGCCCGGAAGCUGGGCUUUGUCUUCACAGCCAGAACGCCCUACUCUGUCAUCAUCGAGGCCAUGGGACAGGAACAGACAUUUGGAAUCCUGAAUGUCCUGGAAUUCUCCAGCGACAGAAAGAGAAUGUCUGUGAUAGUGCGAACUCCUUCAGGACAGCUUCGACUCUACUGUAAAGGGGCUGAUAACGUGAUUUUUGAGAGACUUUCAAAAGAUUCAAAAUACAUGGAGGAGACUCUCUGCCACCUGGAGUACUUUGCCACGGAAGGCUUGCGGACUCUGUGCGUGGCUUACGCCGACCUCAGUGAGCGGGAUUACGAGGAGUGGCUCCAAGUCUACCAGGAAGCCAGCACCAUCCUGAAGGAUCGCGCUCAGCGGCUGGAGGAAUGCUACGAGAUCAUCGAGAAGAAUCUACUGCUACUUGGAGCCACCGCCAUAGAAGAUCGACUUCAGGCAGGCGUGCCGGAAACCAUAGCAACUCUGUUGAAGGCUGAGAUUAAAAUAUGGGUGUUGACAGGUGACAAACAAGAAACUGCUAUUAAUAUAGGUUAUUCCUGCCGGUUGGUAUCACAGAACAUGGCCCUUAUCCUACUGAAGGAGGAUUCUUUGGACGCCACGCGGGCGGCCAUCACCCAGCGCUGCGCUGACCUCGGGAGCCUGCUGGGCAAGGAGAACGACGCGGCCCUCAUCAUCGACGGCCACACCCUCAAGUACGCGCUGUCCUUCGAGGUCCGGAGGAGCUUCCUGGACCUGGCGCUUUCGUGCAAGGCGGUCAUCUGCUGCAGGGUGUCUCCCCUGCAGAAGUCGGAGAUAGUGGACGUGGUGAAGAAGCGGGUGAAAGCCAUCACCCUGGCCAUCGGGGAUGGUGCCAACGAUGUGGGGAUGAUCCAGACGGCCCACGUGGGUGUAGGCAUCAGUGGGAACGAGGGCAUGCAGGCCACCAACAACUCGGAUUACGCCAUCGCUCAGUUUUCCUACUUGGAGAAGCUCCUGCUGGUUCACGGUGCCUGGAGCUACAACCGGGUGACCAAGUGCAUCCUGUACUGUUUCUACAAGAACGUGGUUCUCUACAUCAUUGAGCUUUGGUUUGCCUUCGUUAAUGGAUUUUCUGGGCAGAUUUUAUUUGAACGUUGGUGCAUCGGCUUGUACAACGUGAUUUUCACGGCGCUGCCCCCCUUCACGCUGGGCAUCUUCGAGAGGUCUUGCAGCCAGGAGAGCAUGCUGAGGUUCCCACAGCUCUACAAGAUCACCCAGAACGCUGAGGGCUUCAACACCAAGGUUUUCUGGGGUCACUGCAUCAACGCCUUGGUCCACUCGCUCAUCCUCUUCUGGUUUCCCAUGAAAGCGCUGGAGCAUGAUACUGUGUUGGCUAAUGGUCAUGCCACAGACUAUUUAUUUGUUGGAAAUAUCGUUUAUACGUAUGUUGUUGUUACUGUUUGUCUGAAAGCUGGUUUGGAGACGACAGCUUGGACAAAAUUCAGUCACCUGGCCGUCUGGGGAAGCAUGCUCAUCUGGCUGGUGUUUUUUGGCAUCUACUCGACCAUCUGGCCCACCAUUCCCAUCGCUCCAGACAUGAAAGGACAGGCAACCAUGGUUCUGAGCUCUGCGCACUUCUGGCUGGGAUUAUUUCUGGUUCCCACCGCAUGUCUGAUCGAAGAUGUGGCAUGGAGAGCGGCCAAGCACACCUGCAAGAAAACACUGCUGGAGGAGGUGCAGGAGCUGGAGACGAAGUCCAGAGUGAUGGGCAGAGCAAUGCUCCGGGACAGUAACGGAAAGAGGAUGAACGAGCGAGACCGGCUGCUAAAGAGGCUGAGCAGGAAGACGCCGCCCACCCUCUUCCGGGGCAGCUCCCUCCAGCAGUCCAUGCCACAUGGGUACGCCUUCUCCCAGGAGGAACACGGAGCCGUGACUCAGGAGGAAAUCGUCCGCGCCUAUGACACCACGAAGCAGAAAUCCAGGAAGAAGUAG